AUGGCGCCUUAUGAAGCAUUGUACGGAAGAAAGUGUAGAUCUCCACUUUGUUGGACAGAGUUGAGCGAGAGAAGUUUGAUAGGUCCAGAAUUGGUGGAUUACACAACUCAGAAGAUUCAGAUGAUACAACAGAAGCUGCUUACUGCCCAAAGCAGACAGAAAAGUUAUGCAGAUAGGAGAAGACGACCAUUGGAAUUCAUGGACCAGUGGCUUACAGAAUUGCCCUACCUCCACAACUGGCCAAUUCAUAAUGUAUUCCACGUGUCACAACUCAAGAAGUACCACCCAGAUCCAUCUCAUGUGAUUGAGCCUAAAGAGAUCGAGUUACAAGAGAAUCUUACUUUCAAGGCCAAACCUGAAUGCAUUCUGGACGCUAAGGAUAAGCAACUUCGGAAUAAAACUAUUCGGUUACUUAAGGUUUUCUGGAAAGGAAUGUCUCCUGGGGAUGCCACCUGGGAAACUGAAGAGCGAAUGCGGCGGGAUUUUCCUAACUUGUUUGAUUAG